UUACGAGCGGCGGAGCGAGCCGAUGGACCCCUACGCCGCCCUCUCCAGCGACCGACGUGCGCUCCGCACGGUCCGCAUGGUGACGCUCUCGACGGGCCGCACCCUCUGCAUUCACUCGUGGGAGCCACCCGAAGAGCCGUCGCUCGCGGCGGCGCUGACAGGACAGUGGCCAAAACCGAUCGGGCUGGUGUUGCUCGUGCAUGGCCAUGGAGAACACAUGGGCCGCUACCACCACGUAGCCUCCGCCCUCUGCGCCAAGGGCUACCGCGUCGUCGGCUGCGACUGCUGGUGCUAUGGCCAGUCGGAGGGCGCGCUGCCGCCCGGAGACGGCUGCGUGCGACCGUUUGCCUCGCACGAGUCCAACAUCGACGACCUCCAGUCGGUAGUGCUCGACCUAGUCGUGCCGUCUGCGCCGAGCCUGCCGCACUUUAUCUACGCGCACUCGAUGGGAGGCGCGCUCGCCUUUGCGCUGCUCGACCGGCUCGUCGUGCGCUCCGCCUGCUGGCCGCAGUUCCGGACCGUGCACUUCUCGGGCCCGAUGUUUUCCUUCUCCGCCAACGGCACCUUUUCGGCGGACGACUUUGCGGGCGGAGGCAGCCUCAAGCUGCGCCUGGCCGCCCGCCUCUUCAGCUGGCCGUGCCUCGGCGCCCGCACCUCUGGCGGCGAAGUCAAGCGCGCCGUCAAGGUGGCGAGGCUCACCUCGCUGCCGGAGGCCCAGCGCGCCGUCCUCGCAGACCCGCUCGUCUCGUCCUGGCGCACGCCCCUGAUGGUGGCGGCGGCGCACGCGCGGCUGGCGCUGCAAGCCCAGCAGCGCUUCGCCGCGGUCACGUACCCCUUCCAGGUCCUCCACGCCGAGGCGGACCAAGUCACGCUACCCGCCGCUUCGGCGCGGCUCGUCGCGGCUGCGCGCCUCGCGCCCAUCCGCAGGCUGCGGCUUGUCUCUGGCGAGCACGAGAUGCACCUCGAGCGCGAGUGGCGCGCGCACGUCGACGCCGCGCACGAGCACUUCCAGACGGUGCUGCUGCACUCGGCGGGCGGGCUCGCGUGUUGGGAGACCAUCGUGAAGAAGCGGUGAGGGAGUAGGACGGCAGCCGGUACGUAAUACGAGGAGCCCUCGUGAGGCUGAACAGUAGAUAUUAGAGUGGUGAAGUGCAGUGUCAGGUUCGGCGACUGGACUUCCCGGCGCGGAAUUGUGUAUGAGUCCGCCGCUGUACGCUGGGUCUAGCUCUAGGCGUCUACGUCGGUUUUCUCUUUUUUGGAUUUUUGG